GUCUCGCCGCUGCGCUCGCACCGACAUGUUCCUCCGCUGUCUUCUGCUCUCCUCUGCCUGUCUCGUGGCUGCCCAGGGGCCCGAGGGGACGACCCAUGACAUGCUCUCUUCCUCGGACACCCCAGGGGUCCCUUCCUCCACGGACAUCGAGGCCAUCAUGGACUACCAGACUCCUGAAGUGUUGGACGACUCUACAACUAACUUCGAGAAUGUGACCAUGACGGAGGAACCGAGCUCUUCUGAAUCUCCAAGAAAUGUUACUUCUGAAUCUCCAAGAAAUGUUACUUCUGAAUCUCCGAGACGUAAUGUUACAUCCACGACCGAAGCACCUAGUCCAAGCAAGGGAGGCGUCGUGGGAGUGUGGUCGGCGACGAGUCUGGCUUUCUUGGCAGUCGCUGUGAUGAGUUAGAUGUCUGAUAGUUUGUAAGGAUUUGAUCUGAAGACUCUGGGUGUGAAAGUGAAAACUUACGAACAUUUGAAGGCAAUCCGUAAGAUUUUGCUAAGGACAAACUCUUUUAACCAAUUAAAAAUUAUACACAAAAUAUAGUGUGUUCAAAAUUGUAACUCAGCAAACUAUGAAAUGUGUCACAAUUCAGUUUCAAAAAUGUUGUUAACAAUCAUAGAACAUUAUACAAUGUGUUAUAUCUUUCAGGAUUAUAUUAGGACAUUAUUUUCGAUACAAUCGUUUAACUUAAUUGUACAAUCCAAUGAGAAACAAGUUUCGAUGUUAAUAACAUUUAAUAACAUAUUAUCUUUAUUUUAAAAUAAUGAUUUUUAUUAAAAUUUAUCCUCGUAAGGGAAAAAAUAACUAAACGAAUAUGUUGUCUAUUCGAAUCGAUUAAUAUAAUUUUACUUUUAUUUUUAUAUUUUUGUGUAUUUGUUUCCUGAAAGAGUGCCUUAUCGUGAAACCCAAAAUUCUUAUCAGUUUUAAUAGCGUAUAGUAGUUUUUUCUCAUAUUCCACAAGAGUCAAUUUAUUUUUAAGAGUAUCUUUUAGAUAUGGACAUUUAAUCAGUGUAAGACAUACAUUUUCAAUGUUCACCAAACCUUACCUUAAUCAACACAUUCAUUUCCAUGUGUAAAUAAAUAAGCUAUUGUUGUACCCAAAGCUAGAAUUUAAGUUUUCAUAGGCUAGUCACUAAUUUAAGAGUAAUUUGUCAUCGCUGAAUUUCUAGAUCGUUAAUAUUAUCAGCUGCAAAUGCAAGUAAUGACGUCUAGAUAUAGUGAUAGUAAUUUCAUAUCUUGUACAUCAUUAAAUAAACAUUUAGUUCAGUUUA